GAUGUUGGGAUGCCGUGUCGAGAAUAUUAAUGUUGUGCUGCCUGCUCUCGUCUCGACUCUUAUCUCAUCCAUGUUUCCUUUUAGUCUGUAACCAGUAGGCCAUGGCGACAGCACUGGGAAGAGCAAUGGACUCUUUGGUAUCUAUCAUUUACUACCCCUUUGGGUAUCAGCGCAACCACCGUAAGAGUUAUAGCAACAGCUACUAUUACACGAAGGAGAAGAGUAACGGUAGGAAGAUGUCCAAGGGAAGGCCUCUGUCCUUGCAGACGGUGGAGCUGAAAGUGAGGAUGUGCUGCACGGGCUGCGAGAGGGUCGUCAAGCAUGCUCUUCUAAAGCUCAGAGGGGUUGAUUCGGUGGAGGUGGACUUGGAGCUGGAGAAGGUGACGGUGACGGGGUACGUGGAGCGGAACAAGGUGCUCAAGGAGGUGCGGCGGAGCGGGAAGAAGGCGGAGUUCUGGCCCAACCCGGACCUCCCGCUCUACUUCACCACCGAGAAGAACUACUUCCACGACGAGGAGUCGUUCCGGGGCAGCUACAACUACUGGAGGCACGGCUACAACGGGGACCGGCACGGCCGUGUCCCGGUGCCGCAGCGGGGGGAGGACGCCGUCAGCAACAUGUUCAACGACGACGACGUCAACGCGUGCAGCGUCAUGUGACCGACAGGAGCAGCACGUGAGGGCGAUCACGCUGUGUGUUUCCUUUGGAUGUUUAAUUAGACUAAUGAAGCGAUGUUUUAUCUGAUGAAAUCGUGUGAAGCAAAAGUCCUAAUUUUUACAUCA